CACAGAAAAAUAUAAAAACAUAUUUUCUGUGAAAUAAACGGAGCAAAAACCAUAACCCGAAUAUGGUGCUCAAAGGCCUAUUUGACUGACCGUAUAUUAAGAGACCCAACCCAAAUGGGCCCAAACUACAAUGAACUAAACCUGAUUUUAUCUGUAAAUUCUGUCCUUCCUGUCACUUUCUCAUUUCCAGUUACAAAAGAGCAAAGCAGGGAAAGGGAAGAAUAUCAAGAAAACAUACUCAACGUAGAAACAACAAUGAAAGGAGCAGUACCGCAAACACUCAUGAAUCUGUGGGAAGAGAGUGAAUAUGAGGAACAGGAUGAAGAAACAGAAUGUGAAGAUGGUGGGUUGGAUAGUAUGGAUGAGAAAGUACAGUGCAUGACUCUCCACAGGGCUGAAACGAGUGAAGAGCUCUCCUCAGUGAAGUAUGGUUUGUGGAGACAAGAACAGAAGACUAGAGCAGCAAGGCUACAGAAACAACUUAGGGCAAGGUGGGAAUUUGAGAAGCUACUUCAGGCGCAAGUGAAUAGGUUCAAUUCCCAUUACAACUGUGCCAUGGUACCAAACAGGCUCAAGGAUGUUGCAGAGUUCCUUAUGCCUAAAUGGGCCCCACCACAUGAGCUGACUGCCCUUACUUGGCUUGGGGAGUGGCGGCCCUCUGCUAUCCUGCAUCUCCUUCGUGGUCUGGCUAACUCCUCAUCAACUUCAUGGGCGUCAUCCCUGAGGGGUUCAACUGGCACUGAUAGGCUCCUCUCACAGGUUAUUAAUGACAUACGCAUUGAGGAGGCAAUAAUUGAUGCAGAGAUGGCUGAGAUUCAAGCCACAUGUGUCCUUCACCUUCCUUUUGCUCCUCUCAACAGUCACCAAUCACAUAAUGCUGCAUUAAGUUGCAUUCAAGCUGAGUUUAAGAAGAUUGAAAGGGUCAUCACUAAGGCUCAACAACUCAGGUUCAAGACAUUGGACUUAGCAGUGAAGAAGGUGUUAAACCAAAGUGACGCAGCAGAGUUCUUAGUGGCAUUUGUGGGAAUUCAGGAUUUAAUCCAUCAAUUUGCAGAAAAGCAGGAGUUACCAAAGCGUCCAGCCAGUGCCCAUGUCAAGUAUUUGUCGCAUAGUUAAGAGCCUAAAAGUCAUGGAGAAUGCACCCAAAAGCCAAGAAUCAGCUCACAGGAGAAUCUAUAUCAGAAAUACAAGUAAUUUGACACAAAAGAUUAGUAACGGAUAUUUCAAUCUCUUGUUAUUAGUUGUAGUAUGCAGUUAAAAACAUCUGAAAGAUGCACAUAUUGUCUUGCAGGAUAACAGCUUGUUGUUCAACCUGUAACUGAAAGUAACUAACAACACAUAACUCUUUUUUCUUUUCCUUCUGCAACUUCUUUUGUGCCUAUAUAUUUGUACCAAGUUAGAGUCAGAUUGAACAAAGAAAUGAGAUUUAUUAUCCU